CCGGGCGUUCGGCGGGGCGUAGCGGGCGCGGCUGUUGCGCAGGUGAGGCGGCGGUGGCGAGCGGCGUCCGCGACCUCGGUCCGCACCGCGUCACUUCCCGACGACCCCGGUCGUCCCCGCAGCGUCGCCUCCUGACGACCCGGUCCCGGGUGCGACCCGACACGUCCUCCGUCCGGGCGGCGAGGAUGGCACAGAAGAAAUAUCUUCAAGCAAAAUUGACCCAGUUUUUAAGGGAAGAUAGGAUUCAACUUUGGAAACCUCCAUAUACAGAUGAGAAUAAAGAAGUUGGCUUGGCAUUAAAGGAUCUUGCCAAGAAGUACUCUGACAAGCUAGACUGCUGUGAAAAUGAAGUUGAGAAGAUAAUAGAAGAAAUACGUUGCAAAGCAAUCGAGCGUGGAACAGGAAAUGAAAACUAUAAAACAACAGGUGUUGCAACAAUUGAGGUGUUUUUACCUGCAAGACUACGAAAAGAUAGAAAAAGCUUGUUAGAGACCCGAUUGCACGUCACUGGCAGAGACCUGAGGUCUAAAAUAGCUGAAACCUUUGGAUUUCAAGAAAACUACAUCAAGAUUGUCAUAAAUAAGAAACAGCUCCAGUUAGGAAAAAGCCUUGAAGAGCAAGGAGUGACUCACAAUGUCAAGGCGAUGGUGCUUGAACUAAAACAAUCUGAAGAGGAUGUGAGGAAAAACUUCCAGAUAGAGGAAGAGGAGCAAAAUGAGGCCGAACUCAAAGAGAAACGCAUUCAGAGGACGAAGCGAGGACUGGAGAUCCUGGCAGAGAGAGCUGAGAUGGUGGACCCAGAAACGAUGCCGUACUUGGACAUAGCAAACCAGACAGGCCGAUCAAUCCGAAUUCCCCCAUCGGAGAGAAAGGCGCUGAUGCUAGCCAUGGGCUAUCAUGAGAAGGGCAGAGCGUUCCUGAAAAGAAAAGAGUACGGGAUCGCCUUGCCGUGCCUUUUGGAUGCUGACAGAUAUUUCUGUGAGUGCUGCAGGGAGCUGCUGGACACGGUGGAUAACUACGCCGUGCUCCAGCUCGACAUAGUCUGGUGCUACUUCCGCCUGGAGCAACUGGAGUGCCUGGACGAUGCCGAGAAAAAGUUAAACUUGGCCCAGAACUGCUUUAAAAAUUGUUACGGAGAAAAUCAUCAGAGGCUGGUCCACAUCAAAGGAAACUGCGGGAAGGAGAAGGUGUUGUUUUUAAGACUCUACCUGCUUCAGGGGAUCCGAAACUAUCACAGUGGGAAUGGAGAAGAGGCCCGGGAGUAUCUCAGCAAGGCAAGUCAGCUCUUUAAAGAGCUGUAUAUCGAUCCGUCGAAAGUUCACAACUUGCUGCAGUUGGGUUUCACCGCCCAGGAAGCCCGGCUAGGCCUGCGGGCCUGUGAUGGGAACGUGGACCACGCGGCCAUUCACAUCUCCAACCGCAGAGAGGUAGCCGGCCACUGCUUCCGCAGACCAUGCCUGGAGGGGCUGUGAAAUGGGAGGCGGAGCAGGAUGGUUCUGGAAAUGCCUGAGCUCCCUGGGGUAGGAAAGAACAAAGCAACACAGCCUGUGAGAGGUGCUAGUAACAAAGGAGUGUGUUUUGGCUCCAGAUCCAGAAGGAAAGGAGUAACUUGUCUUUUCAGUUAAUUGAUUUCCAGACUGUGUGUGUAGCCCCCUAGCAUAGUGGAGGUUACACAAGUCUUUCUCUUUGAGUCCCUUUCUGCUUCUCAACUCCAAUAUGUUCCUGAAAAACCUUUUUUAAAGGAGCAAUUAUGAUC